AUGCGCAGUGGGAGCCGGUGCAGGGUGGGUGUGUGGUAGCAGCAGUGCAGCGCGAGGGCGAGCGAGGUGCCGUUGGCCGGGAUCCGUUGGGCAGAGCAUACAACAAAAGGAAUGACUGUGAACACUCCAGCGCUCUGUUUCAGAAGCAAGAAAAUUCUUGCUCCCAUGGUGCGGGUUGGAACAUUACCCAUGCGUCUUUUGGCUUUGGAUUUUGGUGCUGAUAUUGUGUACUGUGAGGAGCUGAUUGACAUAAAGAUGGUGCAGUGCAAAAGAGUUGUAAAUGAGGUGCUUGAAACAGUGGACUUUGUAGCACCUAACGAAAGAGUUGUUUUCAGAACGUGUGUGAGAGAGAAAGAUUGUGUUGUCUUUCAAAUGGGAUCAGCAGAUGCUGAGAGAGCAUUGGCUGUAGCCAAGCUUGUAGAAAAUGAUGUAGCUGGGAUUGAUGUCAACAUGGGCUGUCCAAAAGAAUAUUCUACUAAGGGAGGUAUGGGAGCAGCGCUGCUGUCUGAUCCUGACAAAAUUGAGUGUAUUCUGAGUACCUUGGUUAAAGGAAUUUGUAAACCAGUGACCUGCAAAAUCCGAAUCUUGCCUUCGCUUGAAGACACUAUAAGCCUGGUGAAGAGGAUAGAAAAGACUGGUGUUGCUGCCAUUGCAGUCCAUGGAAGGAAGAAGGAGGAGAGGCCUCAACAUCCUGUCCACUGUGAAGUGAUCAAAGCCAUCUCUGAGGCAGUCUCGGUUCCUGUAAUAGCAAAUGGCGGAUCUCAUGACUUCAUCAAAGAAUAUACUGACAUUGAAGCCUUCCAACAAGCAGCAGGUGCUUCAUCGGUAAUGAUAGCUCGUGCUGCCAUGUGGAACCCAUCCAUCUUCAGAAGAGAAGGCCUUUGUUCCUUAAAGGAAGUCAUGCAAGAAUACAUCAAAUACGCAGUGAGAUAUGAUAAUCACUAUACCAACACAAAGUACUGUCUGUGUCAGAUGUUAAGAGAACAGUUAGAAACCACAGAAGGAAAGAAACUGCAUGCUGCACAGUCGACUCAAGAAAUCUGUGAGGUCUUUGAAAUGGGCAGUUUCUAUGAAGAAACAAUAGCUAUUCUGGAAGCUAAGGCAUCAUUAAAGGCCAAGACGCAAGAUGAAGAUGAGCAGAUGGAAGACACAGAUGUGAUAAAAAUGGCUGUUAGAUUUGACAAGCGAGAAUAUCCACCACAGAUUACUCCCAAAAUGUAUCUCUUGGAAUGGUGUAGGAAGGCAAAGCACCCACAACCUGUUUAUGAAACUGUUCAAAGACCAUUAGAUAAAUUAUUCUGUUCAGUUGUCACAGUAGCUGAACAAAAAUAUAGAUCAACCUUAUGGGACAAGUCAAAGAAGCUAGCAGAACAGGCUGCAGCUAUAGUCUGUCUUAGGACUCUGGGUCUCCCAGAGGGGAAGCUUAACGAGGGAGAAAACCACCUGAUUAACAAACGCAAGAGAGAGAACGAGGAGUUCCUGAACAACAAAGAACAUGAAGAUGACCACCUUGUUGAGGCUUCACAUAAAAGAGCUCAUUUUACUGAGGGAGCUUCUGACUCCAGCUCUUCUGAGGUGCCACGAUAGCAUGAAAAGCAAGCAUUCCACAACUGUGCAGCUACCAAUUCACUUGCUUUUUUUUAUAUCCUGCUAUUAUAUUUCAUCUAGACUCUAUCAGUCGGAGACAGGUAAACUCUGCCCGAUUAUGAAAACCUACUGUACUGGGUAAAUGUUUUUUGUUUUUUGCUUUGGUGCCUUUCAAACAGGAUAAAUUAGCAGCCUGGGUUUUAAAUAAGAAUGAGAAGAUGAUCCCAACAUUAAAUUCUGUUUCAAUAGUAAACUAUUUUCAGUUUAGCUUUUGAAGUGUUGAGGUUUUUGUUUAAUAUAUUUUAUAAGUAGAAAAAAGUUUUAAACACACACGAAAGAGGUUCUUAAUAGAUUGUUUCCAACUGUUGGAGUUUUGGUGUAGUUUUCAUUAACAGGGAUAAGUAUGUUAGAAGUUGUCAGCUCUUGUCUGAAAAUACCUGUAACAAAGUUAUAGCAGGUUGUGUCAUGAUCCCUAAAGUAUUUUGUAUGAAGAAGAUAUUCAAAACAUAAUUCAUUGUUGGUGAACUAAAUCAAAGUGGCUUCCCUAUUUAAAAAAUAAUAUACACCUUUAUUUUAAAUGGAAGUGUCUUCGCUAAACCAUUGUUUUCUAACGGAACAGCAAUAUCUAACUGGGAUUGUAUUUAGAGUUUUUAAAUCAAAAAGAUGUACGUGCAUAUUAAAAGUGACAGCUACUCAAAUUUCUGAAUUUUUAAUAAAUCUGCAUAGUUUGCAUUUAACUGAAAAAUAAUUGCAAUUCGUUUCCUACUUUGUAGACUGCAGUUAAAACAGUUUUAAAAGCUGCUUUCAGAACUAAAUGUUCCAGUUUCACACAAUGGUUUUAGUCACAGAACACUUCAGAGCAGUGACAGAAUUUGCAGUCUAGUUAACAAGCCAUAAACUUCAGGAAUAAUCCUUUCCUCACUGAGAUUCAUGUCUGGGACAGGAGCUUUUGUCAAGGGCGUUUUUAGACCGUCACAAGGAAUGGUCAUGCAAAUACUAUACCAGAAUCUGAUUCAUUCCCUGAGUUUUGCUGGCAGAACGCAGGUUGCAAGGCCCAGUGAUAAGAAGCAGCACAAGUUGACUGCAAUCAAGCUCUGCUGGACAGGUCAGAAUUGAGCAGUGCAUCCCCAGUUCUGAGAGAAAGCAUAACUGGAGCACCUGGGAGAUCCACUGGAGCUCUUCUGGAUCACCAUCCAUAGUUUCCUGGCAGGAAGUGGCCAGGCAUAUUGCGGGAUCACCAUCUAUGCUAUCAUUUACUGCCAGGGAGGAAACUGCCACAAUGGAAGAUGCAAACUGCAAAUCCUGCACCUCUGGGAGGAGGUUUAUUAACCCCCAGUCUGACCAAAACUCGAAUUUCUUGAUUCUCUUAGUUUAAAUAAAGCUGUGUGUCCUGGAGAGUGGUGAUGUAUCCCUGGAUGAAGAUGCUGGCUGACAGUAGAGACCAGGUGACUUUUAACAGCCACACUUUAGUGUUGCCUGUUCCAUCCCAUUUGGUAUGGCAUUUCCUUCAGUAGGCCGUGGGGUUGGACAGCCAGAGGGCAUCCUAUCAAAGAAGGGAGCAGCCUUUGAUUCGGCUUCCUAGCUUCUCUCUCCCUCUGAAUCUUAGUUUAUUCAAAGGUUUUGCAUACACAGGCUUGUCCUCUUCCAUAAGUAAAAUGUAAAGUUCUUAUAAGUGACAUAAUUUGAUGUCAUUUUAUGUUUGCAUGUCAAAAAUAAUAGUCUUUUAAAAACUUUUUUUUCCUGGAAAGGCAGGGAACUUAUGGCCCCUAGUGCCUGCAUAAUACUCACAUGAGCCUUAGUAUCAGUGCUGCAUUCACCACUAAAGGUUUAUGGAAUAUUUGGGCCAAAUAGGGUAUUCAAACACAAGAACCAGAGGAGCAGCAUAAUGGAAUGUUUGUACCCUAGUUCUGACUCCCUUUGAAGCGCCCAGAGAAGUCACUCAGCAGAAGGUCAGCAAUUGAAGGCAUGGGGCAUUCUAGGAUGGAAGCCUUAGGGCCAUGGCCUGUGUUGCAAUGCUAUUACACCAUUUUCUUGUCCUGGCAACUGGCCCUACAUGACACCCCCCCAACAAGCCACACCUUUCUCUGCUCUUGGCAGAAACAGUAUGCAUCGGGAAAUAGAAUUGUGAAGGGAACCAUAGCUGGUCAGCACACAGAUGCACGUUAACCCUGCUUUUAUAGUAUCUAUGUGCACCAGUUCGGGGGUGGUCAGAAAGGGACUAUUUGGUAUAUGGCCUCUUGUGGGGAAGAGAGAAUGUAAAAAUUAAUCAUAGGGAAAUAAUAGAAGAUCAGAGAAGGUGCUUCCUUAAUUUAAUAUCAAUGUCCAAAGAAAAUAUGAUCAAUAUUUUUAGUGUGCAGCUACAAAACAUGUAUAUUGUGAAUUGGCUGAAUCAAACUGAAGUAUCAUUGAAAUAAGUUAAAUUGUCUAGAAGACCUAAUGCUUGCAAGGUAAGUGUUUAAAUAACUAUGUGAUCACAAAUCAUUAUUUUAUUUAUCUAGUAUGAUAUUUGUAUAAGUAACUACAGUUAGUUGAAUAGUAUAUAAUUAUGGUAAGAUUAACAGUGAAGCAUUUGCAAACAAGAAAGUGAGAUGCUGCUUUGCUAGAAUGAAUAUUUCAGGCUAAAUUUGGCAGUGAUGUAAAUGAAAAAUGGUCAAAAAAUGGUUGCAUACAAAGUGUGAUUUAUGCUGCCAUUCGAUGUCCUCGAUGUGGGUCAGGAAAAGCAACUUAUGGGAGUCUGUAAGUGUUUGUGAGGGAGAAUCCUUUAUCUGAUGCUAUGAUUACACUGCCCCAUGGUUCAGCCUUUGAGGGCGUGAACAGCAGUGCACAUCAAAGGGCUGUGCGGUAACUCCCCUAUGCGGACACCGUGGACACAAACUAAAAGGUUCUUAGUUUUCAUUAAUGUCUUUCUGUUUGCAGAGGACUAUGUUAAUGUGAACAGGGAACCUUUUAGUUCACUCCUGAAACGGCCACACAGGCGAGUUAGAGUGCAGCACUUUGGUGUGCACUGCUGUUUGCGUCCUUGUAGUCCAAACUGCAGGGCAGCAUAGACAAGCCUUAAUUGCUGUUUCUGCUGCAUUCCUCCUAACCCACUUUCCUCUGCUAUGUAACUUUUUGCACCAUUCACAUCACUGAAUUCAUGCUAGAUACAUCUGUGAUAGUGGCACCUGCAUAUACCAGAUCUGAGGUUUGCUUUUGAUCUUAAAACCGGUUCUUAUUCUGGGGAACAAAAUGCCUUUUUUUCUAGAGACUGUUCUAUUCAAGGUAUUGGAUUGGAACCAUAUCUUUUGU